CAGCCGUCAACUCGUGUCUUCGCCGGAGCGAGAUAGCGAGCCCUCUGCCUGAGUUUGGCGGGCGGAAGACCUCAGUCAGCCACAGCAACCGCUGCCGACUGCACAAUUCUCACAAGGCGUUGAAAAAGGUUUCCGAUGGAGGACAUUCCGUGGACGGAGGCUGUGACCGCUGCGAAGUUUGACCACCUGCUCGGCCUGCCACAAGGCACCGUGCGAACUCUAUCUGUGAGACGUCUGACGAAGGUCGGCCAGAAUUACGGAAGCACCCUGCUGAGUAUUCAGCUGCAUCUGCGAGAUGGUGAAACGCUGGACCUCGUCGGCAAAUUCAUGCCUCCAACAGAAAUGCAGAAAAAAGUUUUCGGUAGCGCGACGACAUUUUUAAAAGAAAUAAACGCGUACCGCUCCAUAAAUGUCGAACUAAUUAAGUUGCAGCGUGAGAGGGGCGUUCCGGAAGAGGAAGUGUGCGACCCUGUGCCGCGGUAUUACGGAUCGCAGGUAAACAGCGCCGGUGACGACUCCGUGGCGGCCGAUGACAACGCUGUGCUCCUGCUGGAGAACCUGGCCUCCAGCGGCUACCGGAUGGCAGACCAGAUGACCGGACUCGACCUUCCGCACGCCAGGAUGCUGGUCAGGAAGAUCGCCCAGUUCCAAGCGUCAGCUGUUGCUCUCAGGCUCCUCAAACCACAAGUAUUUAAAGACGUUAUCGAAGGCAAGUGUAAAUUCGACAGCAUGCCGCCGGAUGAAGGGAAGCGUAUCAUCGACGCUAUAGUGGAACACAUCAGCCGUUUUCCAGAGGUCGCUCCGUACUGUGAUAAAGUGAAAAUUGCUUGCGAACACAUGAGCGACUUCGAAAAACUUUGGGCAGAAGUUGUGGAACCAUUUGUUUCGCUAUCGCACAAUGACCUCUGGGUUAACAACAUGGUCUUCCGAUACGGGGACAGUGAGGAGCCAACGGACGUUAAAUUUUUUGACUUCCAGACUCUGACCUACUCUUCACCUGUAAGAGACCUCGUAUUUUUCCUGUAUACCAGCCUACAACACGAUCUGGUUAGAAACAGUGUCGAUGAACUGACAGAUGCUUACUAUGAGAGCUUUGUGACCUGGCUGAAGAAACUGGGGUGCAACACGAAAGACUUCACGGAAGCAGAAUUUAGGAAAGAAAUCGACAGGGUCGCCCCGGCAGAGAUUAUACACAUACUGAUGAUACUGAAUGUAAUUUGUGCCGAGGACCAUGAGAAGUUUUCUGCACAUGACAUGCAGAAUUCUGGUCCUACGUUUUCUUCGAGUGAAAUGUUUCGAAAGAAAGUAUUAAUUACCCUUCAAGAUUAUGAUGCAAGGGGUUGGUUACAAGAAAAUUAUACUAGCUAGCGUGGACUUCUACUUAUCUUGAAACUGGAUGUUCAUGUUCUCC